CGCGGGGCCCGCGUGUCAUCGUAACGACGGUCUCCGAGGCACUAUCCGCGAAGUCCAAACCAUCCGCCUCCGCCACCGCCGGCUGCACACUCGCCGAGCAGCCGCUCACCGAUCGAGAGCAUGCAGCCGCCGUGCCUGGGCGCGUGCGGGGGCAGCCCCGCCGUCCUGGGCGCCAGCGCCCACUGCCAGCGCCCCUCCACCUCUACCAGGGUUACCGUCCGGUGCGCCGCCCGGGGCGGGAGGGCGUCGUCCAGGGGGAAGGAGAACGUCUGGAGCGUAGACAACGAACGCGCCGCCGAGCAGAAGUCUCGGUCCCAAAAGAGUCACCGCGGGCGGAGGCGCCCGGCCGGCCGCAGCAGGCCGCCCCCGCCGCCGAGGAGGAGGAAGGAGAAUGACGCGGGCUCGAGGGUUCUGGUCUCCGGUGCCAUGCUGGUGGAGGUCGAGACCGUGCUCCAGACCCAGGAAUCUGUAUUAAGGCCUUCCUGGGAUACAUUUGCGAGUAGCUUAAGUGGCGUAUGGAAGGGUGUCGGAGCUGUGUUCUCACCAAUCACAGCAGAGAUGGAACCUGUUGGACUAGGAAGCAAACAGGAGUAUCUUUAUGAUUGCUACACCCUUUCUCUCAUUGAGAAGUCGUAUGAUAGUGGUCAUGGAACCGAGAUCCGAAGGAAGACAAAUUGGGUGCAACUCAAUCCUCACGGGGAAGCUGAGAAGCAGAGUGCCAGCGAUGAUGAAUGGAAUCAUGGUAGCUCAAGUGGGACUGUUGAUUUACCUGCACAUGAAUAUUUUGAUCUUAAAAAGAGCGAUGUACUCGAUGAAGAUGUUAUGAUUGAAGAACCAGGGAUUGUAUUUUUUGAGGAUGGAUCAUACUCUAGAGGUCCACUCGAUAUCGAAAUCGGUGAAUAUGAUGAAUCUAAAUACUUCCUUUCACCAACGUAUCAGUUUGAGCAAAGUUUGGUCAAAGGAUGCCACAAAAGACUGCGUAUUGUGCAUACCAUUGAAUUCAGUGAAGGAGGAGCGAAUAUACAAACUGUAAGGGUUGCUGUGUAUGAAGAAAAAUGGGCUAGCCCAGCAAAUAUCCAUGUUGAAGAUAAUACCCCUGUUGACGUCAGUCCUUUCUCUCAAAGAAAGCGGACAAAACCAUCAGAACUGACAGGCCCCUGGAAAGUAUAUGAAGUCAGUGCAACACCAAUUUUCAGCGAGAAAGUGAAAGAAAUAGAGGGUGGAGCCGCCUUUGUAUACUUGUGCAUGGAGACCAUGAAGAAGAGAAGCUUGCCAGAGAGCUCUGUUUUCUUCGGGGAGGAGGAGAUGCUCGAUAUGCAAGACGUGACUAUACUUUGGUUGCCUGGAGGCGUCACCGCCUAUGUUGACGUAGAUAAAGACGGUAUACUCUGCAUCGGAGUUAGUUGGUACUCGGAGGAAGGGAUUAAUCUGGUGAUGGAGAGAGAUUAUGGAACCGAUGGGAAGCUCAGGGAGGUUCGGACAAAAACUGAAAUCAAGCGCAGGUGGAAUCAACCACUCCCACCAUAGUUCAAAGAAAUCACUACGCCACUUUAAGCUUUCUGUUUGUAGUAACAUCUGUUUCUGGAUAUUAGUAUAGGAGCAAUAAUGUCUAUGGAUGUGUGAGUUCCAAUAAAAUAGUGCUCCAGUUGAUGUACUCCAUCAUAGAUCAGUUGUAAAACCUUUUGCCUCUGUUGAAUGCGCAGGCUUCGGUUUCAUCAG